AUGGCCUUUCUGGACGACCAUUCAGACCUCCAGAACAACAUUCCACCUUUUGAGGACCAGAUUCAAAAUGAACACCUCAAUCACACCUUGCGCCCAAGGCCUCUAGAUUUUGAUGACGGAGCGUUGGUGUCGGACUCGGCGACAUCCCCGCCCUUGGCCAGUAACAGCGGCCAUAAGAGGCGCCGAACUAAUUAUAUGAACUUCGAUCUGGGGAACGAGGAAGAUGGACCACCUCCACCACCUCCACUACACUUGAUAGAUCCAAUUGUUGAUAUUCACUUCCGUACAGUGCAUCACUGGAUACCUAUCCUCCACGAAGGGCGGUUUUUAGCCAAGCUUGCGGAUUCUAGUGAGAGGAACCGAUUAACUAUACUUCUUCACUCACUCGUCGCUGUCUCAAUCAAAUACCUUGAUUUGGAUAAGAUUGACCUCAGCCAUAUUGAUGUCGAAAGGCAGAUCAAGUUGUCGAGAAACAUUGUCAUGCUUCACGCGAUGCAAUCCGUGUCGGUCGAGAACAUGCAGGCACUGAUCUUUCUCGCCUUUGACUAUAUGGGAUGCGGGCAUCCCUCCAAGGCGUGGCCUAUUAUUGGGUCUUUAACAAGAACAGUCGAAUACCUUCAAUUGACCGUCGAAUCACCGGAUCUAUCCUCAAUGGAACAACCACUUCUUCGUCCCUUGAUCCUUCUACCAAGAGCGCGCGAUUGGACAGAGUCAGAAGAGCGGAGAAGAUUGUUUUGGAAUAUUUUCCUUCUUGAUAGAGUCUGUCAAGUCACUUGUGGCUGGAACACAAGCCUGAGCUCAGACCAUGUCCAACGACGGCUUCCCUGCAGUGGAGCGCCAUGGGCGCGCCAGGAAGCCGUCUCGACGCCCUUCUUUGGUAUAUGGAACAAGGCUGCGGCCAAGAUCGGUAAAUCGAUAGCCAAUGUUCCAACCCUAUACGAGUCACCUUCCAAGACCAAUUACUACAGCCCUAGUGGAGAUACCGGUGUUGGAGGCGACCAGGUUGACAUCUCGAACCUGGGAGCAUUCGCGUAUUGUAUCGAGGCCACCGAAAACCUGAGCCAGGUUACUUCCUUCUUUCUGCAACAAAGCAUCGACUUUGGAGAUAAAGCCCAGGUCAAGAACUGGUUGACAAGGUUUAAAGAACUCGACCUGCGACUUGUCCACUGGAAAAUGUUUCUUCCCCACCAGUGGCACGACUCGGACGUCUCACGCGAUGUGUCAAUUGUCAAAAUGGAUCCGAACCUGACUUUGGCGCACCUUACGCACAACGCCGCAACGAUCCUGCUACAUCAACAUAUCGCCUACCCGCCCGCAACCUGGUGCGAUCUCGUGAGACUGCCAAGCUCCUGUAGUGCUGAGACGUGCCAGCUUGCCGCCGUUGAGAUCGCUUCCAUUGCCGACAAGUACCUGAAUUACAUGGGCGGUCUCGUCAACAGCCAGUUUGCCUUUUGCGCGUUCGUCGCUGCGCGCAUCUUGUUGGUGCAUUGGCUUUCGGUUUCACGGCAGACAGAUGAACCCUUGGCCCCCGAAUUCUCUAGUCUCGGGGAUAGUCUGCGGGAAAUGUCCCGUAGGUGGAGGGGGAACAACAGUGACAAAGGCACAGACAACAUGGGACAGUCCGGUGUGCCAGACCUGAUGACAAAGUAUGCAACACAACUGCAGUUGAUGUACUCCCGAUACAUCACUGGCUCACAUACAUAUUCCUCUGUUGGCGACAUGCUGUCCGAUGCCAGCCUGGAUGGCCUUCUAGAUGUGCAGCAACAACCCACAGCAAACAGUAAUCCGCCUCCCCAAAAUAGCACACCUCCACCGAUACCUGGAAUGGAUCCAACAGGGACGAGGGCCGGGGGUAUGACACCUUUCACCCAUCUGGCAAACCCUCUCCCUCGUCCACCAGACCGCUGGCACCCGCCAAUCGCGUACGAUCCCCGUGGCACGCCCGUUCGGCACGACUUUGUCAGUCUAUCGCAGCGAGAACGUUAUGGUUCAUACGGACAGCUUAAUCUCAGUACAAACACGAGCAGGGCAGUCCUUCCCAAUAUAGCUAGAGGCAAUCCACCUUCGACAGCAAAUGUGACGGGAUACUUGGGGUUGAGCAUGGAGAACAGGAGCAGACACAGCAACAGCAGUGGGUUUGGUGGCGAGGACGAGGAAGAUCUAUUUGGCCAGCAGUUUCUCGAAUUGGAUCGUGUUAUUACGCUGAAUGGGACCGACUUCUUUGGGGGGUACUAG